UAUUUUGUGAGACCAUAUAACAACAUGGAUAAGAACACGAACGACAUGAAGCAAAACCCUAGAGAGACCGCGAAUAUCUUCAGUGUUCUAUUCUUCUGGUGGAUGCGAGAAUUAUUUAUAACAGGCUCCAAGCGUGAUUUGGACAUAUCUGAUAUUUAUAGACCAAUUAAAGCAAACGAAUCCGAAAAACUAACUGAUUAUCUCGAGAAGUACUGGAACCGUGAGCUAGAUAAACUGAAAUACAUCGUGUGCAAAGACGGACAGAAGGUGUCGCUCAAGAAGGACGCCCGGCCGAAAUUAUAUAAGGCGAUCUUCAAAGCCUUUUGGUUACCAUAUUUCAUACUCGGAAUCUUCGCCUUUAUCGAAGUAUAUCGAUACUCCGAGAAGAGAUGCGGUGUAAUACGCGUGAUAAUGCCAAUCCUUCAAGGUUUGAUCAUCGACUACUUCACCAGAGAUUCCACCUCAAAAUACAAGAUAAAGAUGAACGAGGUGCUGAUCUACGUCGUUCUCAUGGUCGUUUGCAGUGUCAUCUCCGUUAUGUUGAUGCACCAUAUGAUUAUGCUGUCGAUGCAGAUUAGCAUGAGAAUACGCAUCGCCUGCAGCUCCCUUCUCUACCGGAAGAUAUUACGGUUGAACACAGCAUCCAUGAAUCAAAUAGGUACGGGACAGAUCAUGAAUAUUCUCAGCAAUGACGUCGCUCGCUUCGAUACGUUAACGAUGUUCCUGAAUUACAUAUGGGUCAUGCCUAUUCAGAUGGCGAUAAUAGGAUUUAUAAUGUGGCAACAAAUCGGUGUCUUAGUCCUUGUCGGCAUCGGAUUGUUAUUGUUCGUCGCCAUAAUAGUGCAUGGGACUCUCAGCUUGCUAAGUCGCCGAAUCAGAGCCAUUAUCGCGCCACUAACCGACCGAAGAGUACAGCUGAUGAGCGAACUUGUGGCUGGGAUACAGGUGGUAAAGAUGUACGCCUGGGAGAAACCGUUCAGCAAGAUCGUAUCGAUGACCAGAAAACUGGAGAUCAAAAAGAUUAAAUUCUCGUCGUAUAUACACGCUGCAUAUUUAUCCAUUAUAGUCUUCACUACCCGACUUAGUCUCUACUUCAUCCUGAUAACGUUUGUCCUAACGGGAAAUGACUUAACCGCUGAUGUGACCUACAAAAUAUCGACAUACUUCUACUUGCUUCAAUUCACCACCGCGGUAAGUUUCCCGCGCGCCAUGGCAACGCUGAGCGAAUCAAUGGUGUCAUUGAAUCGAUUAGAGAACCUUCUGCUAAUGGACGAAAUAAACAUGAGAUGUUCGGAGAAGACGUCGCAGUUACAGUUUAAAUUUCAGAAACCAAACGAAGCAACCAACGAGAAGAAACAAACAGACAGAUACAUCUCGAGAAAUGAGAGUAUCGCUCUUUCCGAGUCUCAGGAAUUAAUUGCAGAUCUUCCGGUCUUCGUGGAACUUCAGCGCGUUUGCGCCAAUUGGAUUAGUGACCAAUUGCCGCCAACUUUGUGUGACGUCAAUUUGACUAUUAAGCCAGGUCAGUUGUGCGCUAUAGUCGGCGUCGUGGGUUCCGGCAAAUCGUCCGUGCUACAUCUGCUGCUGAAGGAGUUGAAUCUCGACGGGGGUUUCGUGAUUCUCACUCAGGGCUCCUCCAGAUGUAAUUUUCAAAACAAUUUGUCUAAUGGUUUCUUCAUGAGCAAUCCGAAUCUGCGCAUUUCCUACGCUAGUCAAGAGCCUUGGAUCUUUAAUGGUACUGUGAGAGAAAACAUAUUAUUUGGCGAGCCCUACGACAAGGCCAGAUACGUGCAAGUGAUAUUAUCACGUUGUCGUGCUUCGCAGAAUCUGAACGUAUCUAUUGAGCCUGGUUGGAAAGUUGGCGUAGUGGGACGAACUGGAGCCGGCAAGUCUUCCUUGAUUUUGGCGCUCUUCCGCCUGUUUAAUGAAUAUUUAGAGGGCGAGAUCAAUAUCGACGGUCGAGACACAAGCACGGUGGGCUUGAGCGAGUUGCGCUCCAAGAUCUCCAUUAUACCGCAGGAACCGGUGCUCUUUUCCGAGAGUCUGCGUUAUAAUCUGGAUCCGUUUAAUCAAUAUGACGAUGUGAAGCUGUGGGAGGUGCUGCGGCAGGUCGUACUGAACAACGUCACACUGGAUCAUGAUAUCUUGUACGGUGGCCGCAACUUCAGCGUUGGCCAGAGACAGCUCAUAUGCCUGGCUAGGGCCAUUCUACGGAAUAAUCACUUGCUCGUUCUCGAUGAGGCUACGGCCAACAUUGAUUCGCAGUGA